AUGGAUGAGAGCAUGUUUACUAGAAGAAGGUAUGCUAAUUUGAUUCAAUUUGUGUGUUUUGUCUCUUCUUUAGAGCCUAAAAAUGUGAAGGAAGCCUUGAUGGAUGAAGCAUGGAUUCAGGAAAUGAAAGAAGAACUAGAUCAAUUCAUUCGCAAUAAAGUUUGGAUACUUGUUCCUAGACCGACUUAUGCUAAUGUAUUUGUCCAACAAAUGCAACAAGAAUUUGAAAUGAGCAUGGUAGGUGAACUCACCUAUUUUUUCGAUCUUCAGGUGAAACAAUCUGAUGAUGGCACAUUUGUUUCACAAAGUAAGUAUGUAAAAAACUUGGUGAAGAAGUUUGGGCUUAAAAACGCCAAACAUACUAAUAUUCCUACGAACACAACUUUGAAAUUAUCCAAAGAUGAACAAGCAAUGAAGGUAGAUCCUACUUUGUACCGAAGCAUGAUUGGUAGCUUACUUUAUCUUACUGCUAGUCAUCCUGAUAUCUAUUAUAGUGUUGGUGUUUGUGCUCGAUAUCAGGCAAAUCCCAUGGAAUCUCAUAUUUCUGCUGUGAAAAGAAUCAUUCGCUAUGUCAAUAGCACUGUUGAUUUUGGGAUUUGGUUUUCAAAAGACACUAAUUCUAAUUUGGUGUGCCUUAGUGAUGCUGAUUGGGCAGGAAAUGCAGAUGAUAGAAAAAGUACUAGCGGUGGAUGUUUCUAUCUUGGAAACAAUCUCGUUUCAAGGCACAGUAAGAAGCAAAACUGUAUCUCUCCGUCAACUGCAGAGGCUGAAUACAUUGUUGUGGGUAGUUGUUUAACCCAAUUGUUAUGGAUGAAACAAAUGAUAGAAGAUUAUGGUUUGAUUUGA